AUGUCGUCCUCGCUGCCCACGCUCUUUGUCCUCGCUAUCGUUCUCGGUCUCAUGGCGGCGGCAUGGUUCAGCACUCCCAAGGGUCCCAACCAGACGCUCAUCCGGACUAGUAUCCUUCUGACACUUACAUGCUGCUACCUCAUGUGGACAGUCACGUAUUUGGCGCAAGUGCACCCCUUGGAGCGCCCAAGGAAGUCCCUUGUGGAGUGA